AUGUCUUCAGCGAUGGCGCCACUCGCGCGCGUUCAGGCACCCCUUCGACGGGCUCUCGCCUCGUCGGCUCGCUCCCGAGCCUUCGCCACCGUCCCUCCCACGCUCGGCACAACAUCCGAAGCCUCACCACAGUCCCCGAAAUCCGUCGCGCGCCGGCCGACGUACUUCAAGGACAAGACGGUUGCCUCGCUCGACGACUUCAUCAGCGGCGCCGCAAAAGACGCCGCCCUCACGGAAGCCGAGGCCUACGAGAUACGCACCGUCGAGGUGAAGGGCCCGACGGGCAAGAAGAAGACGAUCACGCGGCUGCCCGAGUGGCUCAAGACGCCCAUCCCCGCCGGCAACGACAACUUCAAGGCCAUCAAGAAGGACCUGCGUGGCCUGGGUCUGCACACGGUCUGCGAGGAGGCAAAGUGCCCCAACAUCUCCGAGUGCUGGGGCGGCUCGUCCAAGAGUGCGGCGACGGCGACCAUCAUGCUCAUGGGCGACACGUGCACGCGGGGCUGCCGCUUCUGCAGCGUCAAGACGAACCGCGCGCCGGCACCGCUGGACCCGCACGAGCCGGAGAACACGGCCGAGGCUCUGGCGCGGUGGGGGCUGGGGUACGUCGUGCUGACGUCGGUCGACCGCGAUGACCUCGCCGACGGCGGCGCGCGGCACUUUGCCGAGACCAUCAGCAAGAUCAAGGCCAAGAAGCCGAGCCUGCUGGUCGAGGCGCUGACGGGCGACUUCAUGGGCGACUUGGACAUGGUCCGCAUCGUGGCCGAGAGCGGGCUGGACGUCUACGCGCACAACGUCGAGACGGUCGAGGCGCUGACGCCGUACGUGCGGGACCGCAGGGCGACGUUCAGGCAGAGCAUCAAGGUGCUGGCGCACGUCAAGGGGGUCAAGCCCGAGAUGAUCACCAAGACGAGUCUGAUGCUGGGUCUGGGCGAGCAGGAGGCGGAGAUUAUGGAUGCACUGAGACAACUGCGCGAGGCCAACGUCGACGUCGUCACGUUCGGGCAAUACAUGCGCCCGACCAAGCGCCACCUCCAGGUAGAGAAGUACGUCACCCCCGACGAGUUCGAGAUGUGGAAGCAGCGCGCGCUGGACAUGGGCUUCCUGUACUGCGCCAGCGGGCCGCUCGUCCGCAGCAGCUACAAGGCCGGCGAGGCCUUCAUCGAGAACGUCCUCCGCAAGAGGGCGGGCGAGAAGGCCGCCAUGGCAGGCAGCAAGCAGCUGGGCCAGACCGUCGCGUUGGAGGAAGGCUUCAAGACGUUGUAG